AGGUGUGAUGUAUAGAUUCUUGUUCCAUCAAAAAGCGCGCCCGAGCGAGUUGUCAACGACCAAUCAUGAUGAUCAAGCAAUAUCCUGGAGCCAGAGUAUGUGAUACUAUGUGUGGCCAAGCGCGGCGGUGGCAUCUUAGGCUAGCGCCUUUCAUAACGGACUCACUGCGCCGGGGUCUCCUAUUGGGCCACUUCUAUAGUCCGAGUCUCUCUGACUCGAUCAACCAAAACUAAAACCUCGAUGGCGUGAUGGUAUUCAUCGACUGUGGUUGCUGACAUAUCGCCUGUGAGAACAUGAGACAUAAAAUGAACGAUCGUGCAAGAUUUCCCAGCGCAUACUUGCUACCACUGCUAUCUUAUAACUCAACCCUGUCAAGCCCGGAAUUGACAAUAUUACAUACCACCGCCAUGUCGAAAGUGCAAUACUACCAUCAUGGACGCUUCCGGGUCGCAGGAGGCGUCCUCCCUAAUGCAAUCACUGCCUAUCGCACUUAUGGUGACCCGAAGAACCCUUGUAUCGUCUUUCCGACCUGUUAUGGAGGGAGACUUGACAGCCAGGAUUACAUGAUCGGCGAGGAUAAGGCCCUCGACCCUACGAAAUACUAUAUCGUGACUCUCGCCCUGUUUUCUAAUGGGGAGUCGUCGUCUCCGUCCAACACCCCUGCUCCUCAUAACGGGCCAUACUUCCCCAGCGUCUCCUACGAAGACAAUAUCCGGGCCCAGCACGCUGUCUUGACCAAGAAACUGGGCAUCAACAAGGUGUAUUGUGUCAUCGGGUUCUCCAUGGGGGGACAACAGGCAUUUUACUGGCCGGUCGUCUACCCUGACUAUGUAGAGCGGUACAUUGCAAUAUGUGGCUCUGCUCGCACGAGUGAGCACAACAAGUGCUUCCUGGAAGGACCCAAAGCGGCUCUCGUGGCAUCCAAGGACUUCGACAACGGACACUACAAGACACAGCCAGACAUCGGCUUGCGCGCCUUCGGUCGAGCAUACAGCGCCUGGGCAUACGGACAGACCUGGUUUCGCGAGUACGGCUAUCUUCAUGAUGGGAAGUACUCCUCCUUGGAAGACUUUCUACGGGCUGAAUGGGAGGGCGGGUUCCUCUCGUGGGAUGCAAAUGAUGUGCUCACCCUGCUGCACACCUGGCAGACAGGCGACGUCUCCCUCGUCAAUGCAAGCAGCCAAAGCAGUCUCCCACACUGUUUGUCGAGCAUCAAAGCCAAGGGUUUGAUCAUGCCGUGCAAGACAGAUCUGUACUUCCCGCCGGAGGACAGUAGGAUCGAAUUGUCGCUCUUGCCGCCAGGCAGCGCGAAGCUCGUUGAGAUCGACUCCGUUUGGGGUCAUAUGGCGGGUGGUGGAACCAAUGCUAGCGAUGACGCUUUCAUCAAAGCGCAAGUCCAAGAGUUCUUGGGAAAAGCAUGAGGACUUUUCCACACUGUACGGCGAGCGUGCGUUGAGGGCGGAUAUUAUUGCACUGUAUGAAAAGAGUUCCGGUGUCUGAGUGAUCAUGCAGACGUUAUGGUAGCAAAGUGGUUGAUCAAAGUAUUUCCGGACACCCAACGUACUGGACAGGAGAUGAGUGAUGAUAAAGACGGGUACUACAGAUGCCGAAAAGAGUCAUAUAACACAGUGGCACAGCUAACGGUCACAUUUACCUUGUGAAA